CGAUUAGCUCAGGACAGCUCCGACACACAGCCUCCCAAGGAUAACGAAAGGGCCGCAACCACAUCCGAUGUAUUCGCGGACUUAUUCCUGAAUAUCUUUCCUGAUAACAUUGUCGGCAUCGCCCUCUAUCAAACCGUCACGACGUACGUAUACAUUGGCAGAAAUAAUACGACAAAUGAGUCCAUGUUCAGAAGGAACGUCGGAACUGAUGACGGCACUAAUAUGAUAGGUGUCAUCUUUGUCUGUGUGACGUUUGGACUGGCAUCAAGUGCUGCAAAGGAACGCGGAAUUCCUUUUCUGGAAUUCUUUGCUUCACUGGCCGAAGUUGUUCUAAAGCUCAUUCGAGCAUUCCUUCAAUUGACUCCCGUUGGUGUCUGCUUCAUGAUCGCUGGUGCGGUACUCAAGGUGGACAACAUCGGAGAGAGCUUUGCCAAAUUGGGCAUGUUCGUAGUUACCGUGGUGGUGGGUAUCGCCGUCCUCGCGGUGAUUGAAGUGCUCUUCUACUUCGCCUGCACACGCAAAAAUCCCUUCACACCAAUUAAACACAUGGCCAGAGCCUGGUUUAUCGUCUUCGCCACUACCAGCGCGAUCGUGGGAGUUCCGGAGAUAAUAGAAGGUUGCGACGAGAUGGGAGUACGAAGGGCGACCUCGCGUUUCGUCGCGCCGCUGGCGGCAACGUUAAAAGCCGAUGGUUCUGCCAUCUUUAUUGCUGCUUCCGGCGUCUUCAUCGCGCAGAUGGAGGGAUUCGGUGACAACGCUGGUAAAAUUGUCGUCAUUUGGCUUCUAACCUGCGCUCUGGUCAUUGCUAUUCCGCACAUCCCCAGUUCCAGCGUUGUCAUUAUCUUGACUGUUCUCUCUUCUGUCGGUGUGCCGGUUGAACAGGUUUCCCUCCUCUACGCAACGGAAUGGCUUUUGGAUCGAAUUCGUUCUGGUAUGUCCUGCGCAUCCACAUUCUACUGCGUCGUUUACACAGAGUAUAUGACAAUUAGAAAAGGAGAUACAAACUUGGACGACGAUGAGUAUGACGAGGCCGUAUCGGAACUCUCUAAGGCAAAGAGCCUCACAAGUGCUGCCUGA